AUGCAGGAAAUUUCAGAGGAGAGAUCUUCUGAACUUCAAAAUUCUCAAGAUGUCAUUAAUCCAUCCAAUCAAUCAAAAUUAUAUUCAACCGCUCUGACUCAACCUAACAAUAAAUUCGCAAGUAAAAACCAAGCCAUUUUGUUCAAUUCACUUCCAAAUACUAAAAUUGAAGAUUAUUUAAAUGCCAUAGCAAUUAAAAUCCCACCGUUCUGGCGCAAUGAUCCUGAAAUAUGGUUCCUGCAAGUAGAAAACCAAUUUACACUGGCAAACAUAACAAGUGACGCAACAAAAUUCAACUAUAUAGUUGCUAAUCUCGAAACAGCUUACAUAUCAAAAGUUAGGGACAUCAUUGUGUCACCACCAGCUACAGAGAAGCAUCAGACAGUAUCAAACAAUAUUGUAAGGUCUCUGUGGUUAGGUAGACUGCCAUCGUCUACACAGGCUAUUUUAGCUACUCAAGCUAAGGCUAGUUUGGACGCAGUUGCUGAGCUAGCGGACACAAUCUCUGAAGCUAUAGCUCCUAGGGCCCAAAUUUCAGAAACUUCCAACGCGCGUGAAAGUACCAUCGAUAAAUUGACAGCCGAAUUAGCUGAAAUGAAAAUUCAGCUAGCUAGCUUGUUGCAGGUUCAAGCACAAACUAACACAUACCGUCGUAACCGCAGCAACUCAAGAGGCAGAAGCUACAGCAGGGAACGUGAUAGUGACAUUUGUUGGUAUCACUACCGUUUUGGUGACCAGGCUCAAAAGUGUUCUCUUCCGUGCAAGCAUCAGGAAAACCUCGCGGGCAGUCGGUCAGUGCGGCAUCCGAUCCAAGCCCAAAGUCUCGCCGCCUUUUCGUAA